AUGGCGGACAAAGUUGAGAACGCCAAUGCCGCCCUGGCAAAGCUCCAGCUGGACGAGGAGACAGGAGAAAUGGUUUCCAAGGGGGAGCUGAAGAAGAGAAUGCAGAAGAGAGCAAAGAAGGCUGCCAAGGAGGCCAGUGCAAAGGAUGCGCCCCCAACAGAGAAAAAGGCACCGCCAAAGCCUAAGGAGAAGCAGGAGGAAGUCAUCGACACAGAUGCCAUGUUCAAGCAGGGUUUCCUGGCCGAAGUCUUCAAAGAGAGGACUAUGAAGCCCGUCUUCACUCGGUUUCCCCCUGAACCAAAUGGAUUCCUCCAUAUUGGUCACGCAAAAGCUAUCGCAGUCAACUUUGGCUUCGCCAGGUUUCAUGAUGGCCAGUGCUACCUGAGAUAUGACGAUACCAACCCCGAAGCGGAAGAGGAGAUCUACUUCACUGCCAUCCUGGACACUAUCAAGUGGCUUGGUUUCAAACCCUACAAAAUUACAUACUCAAGCGACAACUUCCAGAAGCUGUACGAUCUCGCAGAGAAGCUGAUAGGGCUUGACAAGGCAUAUGUGUGCCACUGUGACGACGCGGAAAUCAAGCUGCAGCGCGGAGGCGAAAAAGGCGAGAGUCCCCGAUAUAGAUGCAAACAUGCCGAGCAGUCGGUGGAAGAAAAUCUGCAGAAAUUCAGAGAUAUGAGGGACGGCAAAUACAAGCCUAGGGAAGCGUUCCUCCGCAUGAAACAGGACAUAACAGACGGCAACCCUCAGAUGUGGGAUCUUGCUGCCUACCGCGUCCUGGAUAAGCCUCAUCAUCGCACAGGAGAUGCCUGGAAGAUCUAUCCAACCUACGAUUUCACCCACUGUCUUUGCGAUUCGUUCGAGGGGAUCACUCACUCACUGUGUACAACCGAAUUCAUCCUCAGCAGAGUCAGCUACGAGUGGCUGAACAAGACUCUUGGAGUCUACGAGCCCAUGCAGCGCGAGUACGGACGUCUUUCACUAAGUGGCACGGUUCUGUCGAAGCGAAAGAUUCUGAAGCUGGUAGAGGACAAGAUCGUUCGAGGUUGGGACGAUCCGAGAUUGUACACAUUGAUGGCGAUCAAGCGGAGAGGCGUGCCGCCCGGCGCGAUCCUCGAAUUUGUCAACGAGCUUGGCGUCACGACCAACGCUACUGUCAUCCAGAUCGUCCGAUUUGAGCAGUCUAUCCGAAAGUACCUUGAGCGAACAGUACCGCGGCUGAUGUUGAUCUUGGACCCCAUCCCCGUCGUAAUUGAGGAUAUUGGGGAUGAGGAAAACAAGGAGCUCGUGCUGCCUUUCUCGCCCAAGAAUCCCAAGAUGGGCAGUCACAACGUCAAGCUUACCAAGACGGUCUACAUUGACCGUUCCGACUUCCGCGAGGUUGACGACCCCAGCUAUUUCCGUCUGGCGCCCGGCAAGACCGUUGGCUUGCUCCAGGUUCCUUACCCCAUCAAGGCAACAUCUUUCACCAAGGACGAUGCGACUGGCAAGGUGACAGAGGUGCGUGCUGUGUUUGACCGCGAGGCGAAGAAACCGAAGACGUAUAUCCAGUGGGUCGGCACGGACGGCUCUCGCCGGUGUGAAGUGCGCAUGCACAACCAGCUUUUCAAGAGCGAUAACCCAAGCGCCGUUGAGGGUGGCUUUUUGAACGAUCUCAACCCCGAGAGUGAGGUUAUAUACCCCGAUGCUAUCAUCGAGUCCGGCAUAGACGAGGUCAAGCGGCGGGCGCCUUGGCCCGAGGCGGCAGGCGAGAGCGAGCUGGGCAAGGGAGGACCGGAGUCCGUCCGGUUCCAGGGAAUGAGAGUUGCCUAUUUUGCUAUGGACAUUGACAGCACCGAUGACAAGAUCGUCCUCAACAGAAUUGUGUCGUUGAAGGAAGAUGCAGGCAAGAAUUAA